AUGUCUACCUCCAGGUUCGACUUUGUCCAAGUUCUCAAGACCUCCAAUACUCCCGGUGCUUCAUGGCGAUUGCCACCUCCCAAGGGCUUGGCUCCGGGGCCAGUGGAAGAGUCUGGAACCCUUGAGGAUAAUAUUAAUAGCCAUCUGGGGGAGUCUGUUGGGUUUGAUCCCGAUAACCGCAUCAAGGGACAGGAACAGGAGACGAGUGACGUUGGGGAUGGUAAAGCUAUCGUGAAACUUUCCAUGCGCUACGAGGGAAUGGCUGCCGCCGAUGACCGAUGGGCAACCGGGACAGGCUACCUCAUCGCGCCCGACACCUUCAUCACAGCCGGACACAAUGUGUAUCACCGCAGCGAGGAUGGCAACAACGGUCUCGGCUUCGGCCGUCUCACCAAUAUGAGAUGUUCCAUCGGUUACCACGGGAAGGGUUCGGCUCCCGUCCAAUACCGCGCAGCCACCAAGGUCGUCACAACCUCCAAGUACAUCAUCGACGGCGACGGUUCCCGUGAUAUCGCCUUUGUCCAGCUCAAUAAGCCCUUCGGCGGCGACGAUCUGAAGCUUUUCAAGUUCCACGAUGUACCUUUCAGGGACUCCGCCUAUUUGGGGGUUGUCGGCUAUCCCAAUCAUGCACAUGAGCAACCGGGCGAUCAGCAAAGUGUCCAGCUGGUGCAUGUGCCCGGAGCUGUCAUUAGCACCACCCGUUGUUUCAACGGAUCUGCAAACAAGUCCGGCAGCGUCAUUGGUGGCCAGUAUGGUAACGAUUACAAGGCGCUCAUGGCUGGGCUCGGGAGCAUCGACGGCGCGUAUGUCACUGAUAUCAGCGAGGGGAUACCUGGUGCCGUCCCGAAAGCUUUGUACAAGUCCGACUUGACGGACAGCGUCCUCGUUCUUAGCGAUACCGCCUUCGCAGAGUCUGCGUCCAUCUUUGAUGGGCUAGUAGAAGCGGUACAGAAGGUGGGAUCAGCCGUGGUGAAAGUUGCUCCCAAGGUCUUAGGUGCAGCAGCGCCGCCGGUUUUGGUUGAGACUGUUAAGAGCCAUGCUCUCGCGGAGUCUAUCUCUGAUGAUAUCUCUACUCCUACAUAG